AUGGCACUAACCAACAUCUUGCUCCUUAGUCAAAUAUCCGGAUAUGUCGUUGCUCUUAUUUUGUCACUUUGUAUCAUCAUACCGAUGAGUUUGCACGAAGACGAAUUUAGAGGACACUGUUUGUUGUUCUCAACAGGGACUUGGCAAGAAUCAAACGGUCAGUUUAUAGUAAAUUGGGCUUCGCAGGCUUACUGUAAUUACACGAUAUUCGUUGGCUUGAUGUUAUUGCUAACAUCUGCAAUACAAAUUUAUCGUCUUUCUAUACUCAUGUACCGCGGAGAGGAUAGUUCCUUCCUGUCUGCGUUCAUAGACGUUGUCAGUUCCAUAUUCCUUACAACAAUCACUUUAAUCGCCGCAAUUAUUAUCACACUUGGCUUUAUGACCUGGUGUCAAUGUAUGACCAAAAGAUUUCCAUCUUGCGAAUUGGCAGCUGGAAAUGAUAUUGAUAAAGCUGAUGAUAUAGAUACUUCUGGUUUCCACAUUGAAUUAGGCGCGGUUCAAUUUGGUACUUGGUUUAGUUUGUCUGUUUGGGUUGGUCUGUCAGUAUUUGCAGUAUUAAAGUUAUUGCGAUAUCAUCAGUUAGAAAACAUGAAAGUCUCAAUGUAUAGAGAAAGACAAAGAUUAAUAGAAGCUGCCAGAAGUAACGAGAUACAAGAGACAGCUUAA